AUCGCGGGGCUACGCGCGGAGCCGGCGCGGUCAUGGCCGACUACUGGAAGUCACAACCAAAGAAAUUCUGUGAUUACUGCAAGUGCUGGAUAGCAGACAACAGGCCUAGUGUUGAAUUUCAUGAGAGAGGAAAGAAUCACAAGGAAAAUGUGGCCAAGAGGAUCAGUGAGAUUAAACAGAAAAGCCUGGAUAAGGCAAAGGAAGAAGAAAAGGCGUCCAAGGAGUUUGCCGCCAUGGAGGCAGCUGCCCUGAAGGCAUACCAAGAGGAUCUGAAACGGCUUGGCUUAGAGUCAGACAUUUCAGAGCCAAGUAUAUCACCAGUGACCAGCACUGUCCAGCCCACGUCUACAUCAACUCAACAGAAAGAGAAGAAGAAGAAAAAGGAAAAGGAAAAGAAAAAGAAAGACGCUUCAAAGGGUAGAUGGGUAGAAGGAGUAACGUCCGAUGGUCACUGUUACUAUUACGAUCUCAUCACAGGAGCAUCUCAGUGGGAGAAGCCAGAAGGAUUUCAAGGGAACUUAAAAAAGACAGCAGCAAAGGCCAUUUGGGUAGAGGGCUUAAGUGAAGACGGUUACACCUAUUAUUAUAAUACAGAAACAGGAGAAUCCAAAUGGGAAAAACCUGAUGAUUUCAUUCCACACACUGGUGAUGUGCCGUCAAGUAAGGAGAAUGAAAAGUCACCUGACACCCUAGAAGACUCCAAAUCAUCAGAUUCUCACAGUGAUUCUGAUGGCGAACAGAAGAAAGCAGGAGAGGCCUCUGUGGAAACGAAGAAACUAAUAAUCAAGUUUAAGGAAAAAAAUAAAAGUACUGAGAAAAAAACUGAGCCAGAAAUACAAAAAGAAAAAAGUACCCCAAAACAGAACCCAUCAAAUACAAACGAAGAAAAAUCCAAAACUCCUAACAAAACUCCUAAGAAAUCAACGAACCCUUAUGGGGAAUGGCAAGAAAUUAAACAAGAGGCCGAGUCUCAGGAAGAGGUCGAUUUGGAACUUCCAAGCACUGAGAGCGAAUAUCUGUCAACUUCAGAAGCCGCUGCUGGAGAAAUCAAAGUGGUAUUUAAAGAAAAAACAGUCUCUUCUCUGGGAGUUGCAGCAGAUGGGGUGGCUCCAGUCUUCAAAAAGAGAAGAAUUGAAAAUGGGAGAUCUCGGAAUCUGAGACAGCGAGGGGACGAUGAGUGACUGUAAAGACUUUCCUUUGACUGCUGUGGACAGAGGAGACGUGCCCUUUCCAAGCUUCUCUGUUUUGAGUACUAUAGUGCUGCAGUUUACAUUUAUGCUAAGUGUAUUUUAUGUGAAUCAAAAUAAAUCUUUUCAUGUGAAAUUUA